AUGGUAUCAUGGGACACUAUAAAAAGAUUGAUACCCAAUAUAAACCGGGAAGAACUCGAAAGACAAACACUGACGCUGAAAGACGACCAAGGGAACAAAAUACCCAUAGUGGGCACUGGACAAUUCAAGGUAACAUUCAAAAAAUACACCAGAGUCCUCCCACGAACUAUAGUCGACUGGAAUCGGCCAAGCCUACUGGGACUCAGAUGGUUUGCACCAUUAGGAAUCAAAGUCACAGGGAUAAACAGCAUCACUGAGACAGAGUGGGAAGAGGACCUAAUGGAAGAAUCCCGAGAUGUGUUCAACGGAGAGCUGGGCAAGUACUGGGGGUCCCCAAUUUCCUUUCACCUAAACCCAACCAUAGCCCCUAUAGGGUUAAAGGUGAGGUGGGUUCCUUUUGCAUUAAAACCAAAGAUCGAUGAGCAAUUGGAUAAACUCAUCACACAAGGGGUUCUAGAACCAAUUGACUACGCAAAGUGGGAAACCCCAAUUGUUACACCAAUUAAAUCAGAUGGGUCUGUGCGCAUCUGUGGGGACUACAAAGCAACCCUUAACCACACGCUCCAACAAAGCACGUACCCUGUCCCAGUGAAAGCAACCAUUGCGGAACCACUAUACAAAAAAGCAACCUGGGCCUGGGGCCGACGGGAAGAAACGGCAUUCCAGGAAAUAAAAAACUUGAUCACAUCAGACCGCAUACUAAUACAAUACAGCGAAACACUCCCAAUAACCCUAACCUGCGAUGCAUCACCUUUCAACGUUGGCACUAUCCUCAGCCACGUAUUACAAGAUGGGAAGGAAGCACCCAUAGCAUUCUAUUCAAAAACCCUGUCAAAACCGGAGCGGAACUACAGCCAACUAGACAAAGAGGCAUUGGCCGCUGUCACCGGAAUAAAGCGUUUCCAUGAAUAUAUCUAUGGGAGAACUUUCACACUAGUCACAGACCACAAGCCACUCCUGGGCGUCAUCUCAGGAAACAAAGCUACACCUAACAUACUGUCACCACGAAUGACCCCGUGGUCAGAAUUCUUGGCUGCCUACAACUACAAAUUAACAUACCAACCUGGAAAAGACAUAAAUCAUGCUGACACUCUUAGCUGUUGCCCUCUACCUGACAUAGAAGACGACCCAGCACCAACCACAUUGACCCUCCAAAUAGAGACAUUAGAAAACCUACCCAUAACAGCAGCAGACAUCGCUAGGGAAACAACUAGAGACAAAACCCUGGCGCAAAUUUUUAAUUGGUUGCAGGCUCUGGCUUCUGAACUUAAAAGUAGCUUCACUGAAGCAAUGCAGGAACUUUCAAGAAUUCAACAUGGAGAGUAUGCUCUUGAGGAGAAAGUUCAAAGCUGCCGGUGUGCAAUGGAGGAAAAAGUGGCCGAGAUGAAAAAUUCUCUAAAUGAUUUCAAGGAGGAGCUUAAUGAUGCCAAAUCUAUGAUUGAGGAAAUUAGCACCAAACAAGAAGAGAUGCAGCAAAAAAUUGAGCAGCUGCAACAAGAGAAACGGAAGGAAUCUCGGAAGCUCAAAGUAAAAAGGAUUCAAAAAGAGGAGCAUGGUUCCCAGACUGUGCCUACUCCUCUGCAAGGAAGCCCCUUUCGAGCCCUGAAACUUCCAGAGCCAGUUUUAAUUAAUGAAGAUUUUGUCAAGCUGUUGCACAAUGCAACGUAUGAGAAAGUUUCUGAUUGCAUGCCUAGAACACUAGGAGAAAGCAAUAUGAGAGCUGUAACCAGUACAAAUCUGGACAGAGAAGAGAACCUCACAGUUUCCUCUUCAGGCAAUGCUCCAUCAAAGGGCCAGGCAUCGUCAACAAUAUGGAAACAGGCCAAAGACAGUAAAGAGAGAAAUGAUGAACAUAUUUUAAAGAACCUCAGUGAUCGGCAGAGGGAUGUGGCUCCAAGUAGAUAUAGCUCAGUAGAGAAUUUGAUGUGGGACUCUUCUGUUGCAGCUAAAAGGCAAAAUAUUGCUUUGGAUUUACUAGAAUCUGAAAGAAAGUAUGUUGUCAGCCUCUCACUUAUUCUGAAAGUUAAAUCCACAUUGCAAGGAACAGAAGUGAAAAGAAAUACAAAGGAAAGAAGUUUGUUUCCCAAUUCUUUGCGAUACUUGGUCCAACAACACGUAGAGUUACUUCAUGCCUUGCAGGAAAGAGUGUUGAGUUGGCCUCAACAAGGAAUCCUAGGAGACAUAUUUCUCAGACUGACCAAUGAUGAGAACAGUUUUUUGGACUAUUAUAUUGCUUACUUGAGGGACUUGCCAGAAUAUAUCUCUUUGAUACAUGUGGUGAUUUUGAAAAAGGUUGAGGAAGAAACCAAGUCCGAUCUUUAUCUAUUUUUCUUCCAUAUUGUCCAACGCAUCCCAGAAUAUCUUCUUCAUUUGCAAAACAUCCUGAAGUAUACUGAGCAAGAGCACCCAGAUUAUUAUCUUCUACUUGUCUGUGUUCAGCGCCUGCGAGUAUUCAUUUCUCAUUACAGUCUUCUCUUCCAGUGCAAUGAAGAUCUGCUAAUACAGAAACGAAAGAAACUGAGAAAAUCUUCCUUCAUAAAGUUAUAUAAAGGUCUGGCCACUCAGUGUCCCAGCAGUGGACAAACAGCAUCUCCAACACCAAGUGCAACUUCCUUUCACAAUAGUGGAAUCCAUUCUGAAGAGACAGUGCAUAUAUUCCCAUCAGCCUCUGCUCCUGGAACAACUGCUAUGCAUUUGAUGUCACACAUAAAAAAGGGUCAGCAAGAAAUGGCAAAUAUCCCAGGGAAACCAUGUGAGUGGGAAGCUGAUGGAAGAAAGCAUGACAGACCAGAGAGUGCUUUAAUUCCAUCUCAGUUCAACGAAGAGGACUUGAAGGCUCUGGCGGCUUCUCUGCAGCCUGUUCCAGAUAUGGAGUUCAAUGCUGCCUCAUCAGAUAUGAAAGAAAACCCGGAAAAGCCUCACAAAGCUGCUGUGGAGCUUCUGCAAGACAGCAGAAGCUUUACUCCUGAUUUUGAAGACUUUGAAUACCAAGGGAAUACAUAUUCCAUUCCUGGAUUCUAUGAGAAAGAACCUCUGGCUAUCCAUCAGACUUGCUCACCAGCCUCUUCUGAAUCUAGCAUUGACAUCUGCUUCUUGCGACCUGUGAACUUCACAAAGGAACCAGAGAAGGCACAGCGCACUUUGCAACCGCUUCCUAAGAGCAAUGAUCUAGAACACAUCGGUAGCAGCACCUCCAAGCGUGAAGCUUUUCGGAGCAGGGGCAAACAACUGAGUCAGUCCUUGAAGGAGUUUCCCCGGAGCGGGUCUGAAGGCAUCAUCAGCACAAGGCUAUAUAGCACAAGGAGCAGCAGUGGGAGUCGGCUAUCCAACUUGCCGGAGAGAGGCUUCCAGCCCCACGAGGCCUCUGCCACCUCCAGGAGCUCCUAUUGGAACUACUUUCCUCCACAGCGAGGAGUGGGUGAAAAGCAAAGCUUUGUAGAAGAUAUGCAUUUAGAAGAUAUCCGAUUCUCUUGCAGAGAUGACAAUGAGCAAACAUCUUUCAGCAGUCAUCCACCACGGCAAGAACAAAAAAGGAGCUUUCGCAGUUCCUUUCGCAAACUUUUCAAAAAGAAAUGAGUUAUUCAAAGACAAAUAAAUUUGCCAACAUUUAUUUACUCCCAUUAUGCAGAAGUAAGGGCUUCCUACCAUUGCAUUUAUAUCCAUGCUAGUUUAUUGGUUAUGAAAUGUUAAUGCAAAAUCUUAGAGAAUUGUGGGUUAUCACAACUUUUGGCAACUAAACUUCAGGCAGAAUUUACCUUGCAUGCUAUACAAAAGCUACAGUGUGUAAAAGUACAUGUUAUAUAGAUUUGGUUCUAUACCAUCUUUAAAUCAAGCAUUCAAGAUGGUUAUUCAGUGCUCCUAUAUGAACUGGUUCUAUAGGAAACUUUCCAUGUCUCCAAAUAUUCAUCAGCUCAUCAAUAGACAUCUCCUUCCGUUAUCCAUUUUUAAUGUGAAAAAUGUAGCAUAAUUCUUGAUUGACCUAUCUCUAAAAGAGCAGUUCGUCUCUUAAGAGUAGCUUAAGAU